AUGUGCCCUAACUGGGAAUGGAACCAUGACCUCCUGGUUCAUAGGUCAGUGUUCAACCACUGAGCCAUACCAGCCGGGUGAAACAAAUAUUUCUUGAAUGAAUGAACAUUUCCCAACAAAAGCCAAAUUCCUUAGAGUGGCAUUCAAGGAACCUGACCCCUCCCUAACCAGCACUCUGGUCUGAGCCCUACCUCUCCUUUCCGUACCCCAGGCCCCGACCCUCCUUUCACUUUGCUUAAUUAGCCUCCCACACCCACCUCACAUCUUUUCCUGUUGAAAUCCUCCCUGCCCCUCAAGGCUGAGCUCAUUGUCAACUCCUCCACUGCCGCUUCCUUGACUUCCCCCACAGGAGCUCACGCUCUUCCAAACUCUUACAGCUCAGCUCCGUGCACUGCAGUCCUCCCACACUGCCCCGUGUGCACACCUUAUCUCUACGGUAAGCUGCUAACUCCAUCCAGGAGACAGGAGCUCAGUCUCAGCACAUCUUUUUGUCUUGCAAAGUGUGUAGUCAAGUGUCUUGCAUAAAGAAGGCACUGAACACAUGAAUAAAAUAUUUCUAAUAUCAUGAGACCAGGUAGGGAGUGAAGGAACUACCUGUAGGACUUUGCUGUCUUAUGAAACCUGCACGAGGUAGGCCUGGUACUUGCCUUGUACCCAUUUGACAGGUGAGGACACAGGCUCAGGGGCUGAGGCCAUUUUCUAAGGUUUGAGAGCCAGCCAGCCUUGGUCCCGGCUUUAGUAAGAUUGCUCUCCAAAAGCCACCUCCCUGCCUCAGGGCUUCCUACAAUUCACAAAGGAGUAGCUGCAAAUCCCAGCUGCCACCGCUCUGGGGGUUAGCUUUAUUCCGAGUUCCUCAGAAUUCUGCCACACAGGCUGGCCUGUGUCACAGGACAAAGAAACGAUGUCGCAGGUCAUGUGUGUCCUGCAGAGCAUACCAUGUGAUUUGUGCCCUAAAAGUUCAAUUCCUGGCUUUUCAGGGUCCUAGAAAGUGAGGAGUGGGGAGACGACCCCCACAUUUCUUGCUCCCUACGCCAUCAAAUUCCUCAACACGAACAACACUGGUUCUAGGUUCUAGAACAAUUCCAGGGGCGGUGAGAAGAAAGGCAGCUGACUCGUCCCUGCCAGCACCUUCCGGGCUUCCCGAUCCAGCGCGCCUUCGCAGAAACCUAGGCACUUCCAGCUCUGAGCCCCCGCGCACGACCUGAGUGCCCCCCAGGGAGGCGCGGGGGCCCCUCGCCUUUCCCAGAGUGGCCCUCCUUCCAGGCGCAGGCGGCCUGCCCAUCCCGCUGGUGCACACCCAGCUGCACCCCCGGAACCGGGGUCAGGCGGGCAGACGGGUACUCCUGCACCCGCUCCUGCCGCGCCGCGCCGCUCCCGCCCCGGCGAACCCGCGACCCAGGCGUCCUGCCCCCGGCUCUGACCUCAUGGCCCCCACCCCGGGCGACCACUCACGCACACAGCCUCCCCCCACCCCCACACACGCACGCACACAUGCAGAUAACAGCCCCGACCCCCGGCCGCAGCCGCAGUCCCCGGGCCAACGCCGGCCGGUCGCCUCGCCGCACGUCUUCCCGGACGCUGGCCCUGCGCUUGCUCAGCCCGACCCCCGGCUCGGCAGCCCCUGGACAGGGAGCCCCCUCCUCCGGCCUGUGGGGUGGCCCAGCCCCAUCGAGUUUCCCGGGAUGAGGGCUCGGGGCACAGGCGCCGGGCGAGCCCCUGGUCGCUGAACGGCCCGGCAGGGCACGGAGAUGGGGGCGCGCGGUGAGUGUCGCCCGCAGGGGAGCUCCCGCCCCGGCCCCUGUUUGAGAAGGGAUUUACCGCCAGGACUGCUGGCCCAGCAGUGGCUGGGUUCAAGGACCCACGACUUGCCGAGGGACCCCGGAAGGGCAAAGGGGGUGGGGCAGCCUCCACGUGUCGGCCGGGCUUGGGGAGUCCCCGGGAAAGGCGGAAAGUGACCUGGAGACGCGGACGAGGUUUGGGGGCUCGAGGGAAGGAAGAGCUGCUAUGUGGGUGGGGAGGAAGCUGCUACCUGCGUCCUGGAGCCACCAGCGGGAUCUGCGAGAGGGGAAGCCUCUGGCUCAGCCGGAUUGAAGUUUGGCCCCAGGAGCGGAGCCGGUAGCUGGGGGGUGGGGUGUGCGCUCGGCCGCAGGAUUGAAUGAAGGCGCAGGAGGCAGAAUCCGAGCGCUCGGAAGAUCGGGGUUGGGAGGACCAGCCCAGGCGAGGAGCGGGGUGUGUGAACCGGCCCCUCCAAGCUCACACUUCUCCCCGCCCUUCCUCACACCAAGCCUGGCUCUCUUUUCUAGGAUGUCCUGCCUCGCUGCUCCUGCUGUCCUUGCUGCUGCUUCCCCUGGGCCUCCCAGUCUUGGGCGCCCCCCCACGCCUCAUCUGUGACAGCCGCGUCCUGGAGCGGUACAUCCUGGAGGCCCGGGAGGCUGAGAAUGUCACGAUGGGCUGUGCUGAAGGCUGCAGCUUCAGUGAGAAUAUCACCGUCCCGGACACCAAGGUUAACUUCUAUGCCUGGAAGAGGAUGGAGGUGGAGCAGCAGGCCUUGGAAGUCUGGCAGGGCCUGGCUCUGCUCUCAGAAGCCAUCCUGCGCGGCCAGGCCCUGUUGGCCAACUCCUCCCAGACAUCUGAGACGCUGCAGCUACAUGUGGACAAAGCCAUCAGCGGCCUGCGCAGCCUCACCUCCCUGCUUCGGGCACUGGGAAGCCAGAAGGAAGCCAUCUCCCUUCCAGAUGCAACGGCCUCUGCUAUUCCACUCCGAACAUUCACUGUUGAUACUUUGUGCAAAUUUUUCCGAAUCUACUCCAAUUUCCUGCGGGGAAAGCUGAAGCUGUACACAGGGGAGGCCUGCAGGAGCGGGGACAGGUGAUCAGAUGCUCCCACCCUGGGCACAUCCACCACCUUGCUCACCACUACUGCCCAUGCCACGUCUCCCGCACCACCACUCCCGACCCCCGUCCAGGGCUGUCAGCUCAGCACCAGCCUGUCCCAAGGACACUCCAGGACUAGCGGUGACAUCUUAGGGGCCAGAGGAACUGUCCAGAGUUCAACUCAGAUCUAAGUAUGUCACGGGGCCAGUCUGAGGCCCCGAAGCAGGAAAAAUUCAGAGGAGAUCAGCUUAAACUUGGGACGGUGCCAUGCUGCAGAGACACCAAACUCAUCUCCAUGCCCUGCAGAACUGUGAUGCCAGGACCAGCUGGAGGGCAAAUGCCUCUUUUUGCACCUACCAAGCAGGGAUAGGAUGGACUGGAGAAUUUAGGUGGCAAGACAUGAAUUCUCUAGGUCUCCAUGGGGGACUCCAUGACAGCAAGAUCCCCCUGGAUAAUGAAGGUGGUGGGAGCCAUGAGGAUGGGAUGGGUGCUGGCCCCUGGCUUUGUAUGUUUUUGUGUAUUUUUCAAUCUCACUGGCAAGCAAUGAAACCAUAACAUGG